AUGCCAGACGUUCCCCUGUCCCUGAACCUGUUGUAUCACAAGAUGUGGCACCUGGACGUGGUGAACAAGUUCUGUUCCGAAAACAGCGGAGCUGUCAAAGAAGUGAAAGCGCUCUUUGAAAAGCCAGUGCUAGCUGUGGAGUUCAAGAUCACCACCACAACAGUUGAACUGCAGCCCGACAGCACUGCACUAUUCACUAUGAAUGACCAACCUGCUGAGCGUCAUCGAGACGAGAGCAAGCCAUGUGCACUUGCAUGCAUGUCGAAAGCCAGCCUUGAAUGCCACAUGUUUGCACACUCUCACAAUGAGUCUGAAAAGUCUCCCACUGCUCCUCCAACGGAUGUUCAGAUGGGAGAGAAGAGUUCUGGGUGCAACAUCUAUUCCUCUGCAUUCUCGUGGUCUGCAGGUGACGAGAACCACAUGGUGAAGCAUACUGACAAGAGGCCAUACAAGACCGAUGUCUGCCCUGCCGAGUUCAGCCUGAGCGGGAACCUACAGCAGCACAAGCAAACAGAUUCAUGCAAGAAACCAUACAAGUGCGAUGUCUGCCCUGCGGAGUUCAGCCGGAGUUCUCACCUGCAGCGUCACAAGCUGACACACACGGGCGAGAAGCCAUACAAGUGCGACCUCUGUCCUGCAGAGUUCAGCCAGAGGGGGACCCUACAGCGUCACAAGUGGACACACACGGGUGAGAAGCCAUACAAGUGCGAUGUCUGCCCUGCGGAGUUCAGACAGGGUGGGCACCUACAGCAGCACAGGCGGACACACACCUGCGAGAAGCCAUACAAGUGCAACCUCUGUCCUGCAGAGUUGAAACAGAGCGCAAACCUGUCACAUCACAGGCGAACACACAUCGGCAAGAAGCCAUACAAAUGCGAUCUCUGUCCUGCAGCAUUUAGCCAGAGGAGGUACUUACAGCGUCACAAGCGGACGCAUACGGGCGAGAAGGCGUACAAGUGCAGUCUCUGUCCUGCGGCGUUCAGCCAGAGGAGGUACUUACACUGUCACAAGCGGACGCAUACGGGCGAGAAGGCGUACAAGUGCAGUCUCUGUCCUGCGGCGUUCAGCCAGAGGAGGUACUUACACUGUCACAAGCGGACGCAUACGGGCGAGAAGGCGUACAAGUGCAGUCUCUGUCCUGCGGCGUUCAGCCAGAGGAGGUACUUACACUGUCACAAGCGGACGCAUACGGGCGAGAAGGCGUACAAGUGCAGUCUCUGUCCUGCGGCGUUCAGCCAGAGGAGGUACUUACACUGUCACAAGCGGACGCAUACGGGCGAGAAGGCGUACAAGUGCAGUCUCUGUCCUGCGGCGUUCAGCCAGAGGAGGUACUUACACUGUCACAAGCGGACGCAUACGGGCGAGAAGGCGUACAAGUGCGAUCUCUGUCCUGCGGCGUUCAGCCAGAGGAGGUACUUACACUGUCACAAGCGGACGCACACGGGCGAGAAGGCGUACAAGUGCAGUCUCUGUCCUGCGGGGUUCAGACAGAGCGCAGCCCUGUCACGUCACAAGCGAGCACACGCAAGUGAGAAGCCAUACAAGUGCAAUGUCUGCCCUGCAGAGUUCAGUCAGGGCGGAUACCUACGGCAGCACAAGCGAACACACACAGGUGAGAAGCCAUACAAGUGCGAUGUCUGCCAUGCAGAGUUCAGCCUGAGUGGGAACCUACGGCGUCACAAGCGGACACACACGGGCGAAAAGCCAUACAAGUGCGAUGUCUGCCAUGCAGAGUUCAGCCUGAGUGGGAACCUACGGCGUCACAAGCGGACACACACGGGCGAAAAGCCAUACAAGUGCGAUGUCUGCCAUGCAGAGUUCAGCCUGAGUGGGAACCUACGGCGUCACAAGCGGACACACACGGGUGAGAAGCCAUACAAGUGCGAUGUCUGCUCUGCGGAGUUUAGCCGAGAGUUCAGCCAGAGCGGGACCCUGCAGCAGCACAAGCGGACACACACGGGCGAGAAGCCAUACAAGUGCGAUCUCUGUCCUGCAGUGUUCAGACAGCGUGUAACCUUGUCACGUCACAAGCGAACACACACGGGUGAGCAGCCAUAAAAUUGCAGCCUCUGCCCUGCAGUGUUUAUCCACAACCCAAACUUGCAGUGUGAUGCAAGUGCGGUUUCUGUCCCACAGAACAGCACAAGCAGGCACCCUGGGGUGAGAAGCCACAAAAGAACGUUCUCUGUUCUGCAGACCUGAGGCACAACACAAAGCUGCAGUGUAGCAAGAAGACUUACAUGAAAGCGAAGCCAUACAAGUGCAACCUCUGUGCUGCACAAUUCAUAUGGAGCAGGAACAAAGUUAGAGAAGCUGCUGCUAGAGCUAGUUCAGCCAGAGCACGAACUUGUGGCUUAACGUGUAGCCAGGACACACUUGGGAUAGUGACCAUAGAAGUGCGCAGGGACCAAGUACACUUGAAAGAGUGCCAGUGCUGUGGUGUUGUGUGUCCUGAACCCAGAGGCCUGAAGAAGCACAUGCUAAUGCCUGUGCAUGGGGGAAGGCUGUAUGGAUGCAAUCUGUAUCCCACCGUGUUUUAUUUCUGGUUCUGGUAACUCGCACGCAUGAACAGACCGAGGCUAAAAAGAGUUGGGUUGGGUGGUGACACAUGUGAAACGUAAAAAAAUGAAAAACAGUGCAAAGUACAGGCAGACCAUGCUACUCCUAACCAAGGUUUACUUCCAUGAACGACAUACAUUUCAUUGUUUCUUGUUUGCCUCUUUAUUCCUU